GGAGCAUCUGUCCGAAACCUAAACUAACCGCUGGCACAAUGACGCGACUGAGGAGCGCGUCGAGCUCAUCUUCUAAAUGAACUUUCAAUACUUUGGGAGAUUCACAGGAGCUGGACGAUAAAAGAAGGCUCUGCAAACAAGACCUAAUGUUUAUCCCAUGGAUCUACUGGACAUCAUAUCCCAGUGACGACAUCAUUUCCCACAGUCCCCAAGAGACUCUUCCUUCUGUGUGGAAGAAAAUCUCCAGUUAAGGAGAACUAGAUCUACAACAACAGUGGUUUUCCCAUCUGAGAUGAACGUCUGAUGAAAGGCCAAAGGAAGUGUACAAAAGGCUGACCAACAGGAUUACUGUUACUGCUUAUUUGCUUUUAAACCCAAAGAAGAAUCCGAUGCGACAUCAAAUCUGGACUGAUUGUACUCAGUCGGAGCUCCCAGCGGCAGCACUUUGGCUCCAGAUGAAACUGAUGCUUUUCUGCAUAAUUCUUAGUCAGUCUGGAGCCGUUACCCCUCCUGCUCUGUGUGUUGUAGCAUGUGGCUUGGACUCAACAUCCACAGCAUCUUAAUUACACAGCCAAGCCGAUUUAGACCACACAGGAAACAUCUCUACAUCUGGAGAUACGCUGCCUUUUAGAGAGAGAUGCACAUCACUAGAGACCCCUGAUCUGCUUUUUGUCCUCUAUAUGCGAUUAUACAAGAAACCUAAAAGAGAAAAGAAGCCUACACCAGACAUGAGGGUCACAACAGCACAUUUGGCAGGACUACAAAAAGCCAUUCCACGAGGAUAAAUUAGUGUCGGAGUUACACUUUUUUGGAAAAUUUACAACAGCACGACUUGCGGAAAACGACUAAAAGACUUAAAAGGGCUUGAUGCACCUUUUAAGGGCAGCAACAAAAAUGAAUAAAUCAUCAAGAGGGAGCGAGGGCUAGUUCUUCUCAGAGAGCAGUGAAGGAAACGCUCUCCUCCCCCUGCUGCAAAUGAGAGCUUGAACUGAGCUCUCUGGAAGACUGACAGUCUCUCCUGCUCUCUAGCCUGGUGGUUUGUUGAUGGAUUUGCCUUGAUUUUUGGUGUUUCUCAGCCCUCCCUCUACGUGCCCGUGUCAUGCUCUGUUGCCGGCGAGCCGUCCAGGAGCCAUGCCCAUCCCUGAGAUGGCUUUGAGCCCGGUCAAGUCUCUGUACUGGGAGGUGUUUCCCUCCAUGGCCAUGCAGCGGGUGUACUGUACGCCCGUCCUCUGGGCUGGACGUCUCUAUGUGCUGGGCGGCUGCAGUGAGAACGGCCUCCCUUUGGACUCGGCCGAGGUGUUGGAUCUAGAGAGCCAGCGUUGGUGCGAGCUGCCUCCGCUGCCCACGGCUCGUGCUGGGGCAUCUGCUGUGGUAGUCGGGGACCAGCUGAUGGUUAUGGGGGGUAUGGAUGCACAGCAGAGCCCGCUGGCCUCGGUGGAAGUCUAUCACCCUGAUGAGGGCAAGUGGGAGAGGAAGACAGGACUGGGUCAGCCUUCCAUGGGAAUCACCACACUAGAGAAAGAUGGUAAAGUGUAUGCGUUGGGUGGGAUGGGAGCCGACACGACCCCUCAGGCCACGGUGAGACUGUAUGAGGCGACGAAGGACCAGUGGCUGCCCCUCACCUCUAUGCCCACCCCUCGAUACGGAGCCUUCUCCUUCCUGCGCGGAAACAAGAUCUACGUCCUGGGUGGGCGUCAGGGAAAGCUGCCAGUGACUGCAUUCGAGGCUUUCGAUCUUGAGAUGAAGAGCUGGACGAGAUACCCGUGUAUCCCCAGCCGCAGAGCGUUCUCGUCAUGUUCUGCCAGUGACAGAGCCUUCUUCAGCCUCGGCGGCCUCCAGCAGCCCGGACCACACAACUUUUACUCCAGACCUCACUUCGUCUCCACUGUAGAGGAAUUUGAUUGUGAGCAGGGUGUAUGGUUGAAGGCCACGCGGAGCUGUCGGAUGAGAGAGAAGCGGGCAGACUUUGUAGCUGGUUGUCUCGGUGGACGAGUCAUUGCUGCAGGAGGACUCGGUAACCAGCCAUCCCCGCUGGCAUCAGUGGAGUGUUAUAAUCAGCUGAAGAGGAGAUGGGAACCCGUGGCCCCUUUACCCAGCCCUCGCUGUUCCUGUGCCUCCAUUCAGACCCCCAACAUGCUCUUCCUCAUCGGAGGGGUGUCGCAGGGUCCCAGCAACGCUGUGGAAGCCCUCUGUUUGAAAGAGACCGUCUGACAAACACACACACAAAGGAACAGCUACACAGAUCCUCACAUGCUGGACUUUCCAAAGUACUUUCCCUCAGAGGACACAUCAGCUUUAUACUUUGAAUAUUGGAGACAAUCUACUGGAGCUUGAACAAUGGUCCACAUCUCUGGGCAGAAGAGUUACGGACUGGAAAUGACAACACUAUCGAUUUUCUGGAAUACGUGGCGGCCUUGAAUCUAGUGCUGCGAGGGAAGUUGGAGCACAAACUGAAAUGGACAUUUAAA